AUGGCUGCACCGAUUCGCGUCGUCGCAUGUGAAGUAAAAGAUAUUCGCUUUCCAACAUCUCUUGAAAAAGAUGGAUCCGAUGCAAUGAAUAAAGCUCCUGACUAUUCCUCACCCUAUGUUAUUCUCAAAACUGAUAGUCAACUUGAGGGACAUGGAAUAACUUUUACUGUUGGUAAAGGCAAUGAAAUUGUUUGUCAUGCUAUUAAAGUAUUGAGUAAAAUGGUAGUAGGGGUUGAGUUAUCAACGAUAUAUAAUGAUUUUGGUACUUUCUGGAGAUCGUUGACAAGUGAAGAUCAAAUGAGAUGGCUUGGACCAGAAAAAGGUGUUAUGCAUCUAGCGGUAGCAGCCAUUAUAAAUGCGUUAUGGGAUUUAUGGGCCAAAGUUGAGAGAAAGCCUUUAUGGAAGCUCCUUGCUGAUAUGGAACCAGAGAAGUUAGUAUCUACUAUAGAUUUUAGAUAUAUUUCAGAUGCUUUAACCAAGGAAGAAGCUUUGUCUAUUCUGAAGAAACAGCAGUCUGGUAAAAAAGACAGAGAAAAGCACAUCAAAGAAAUAGGUUAUCCAUCAUAUACAACAUCUGUAGGUUGGUUAGGUUAUGAUGAUGUUAAAUUAAGAAGGUUAUGUAAAGAAGCAUUAAGCCAAGGAUUUACCAGAUUUAAAGCGAAGGUCGGGGCUGAUCUAGAAGAUGAUAAAAGAAGAUUAGGUAUUAUUAGAGAAGAAGUAGGAAAAGAUAAAAUAUUGUUGGUGGAUGCCAAUCAGAGAUGGGAAGUACAGGAAGCUAUAGAAUGGAUGAAAGAACUGGCUCAGUUUGAUCUAACUUGGAUAGAAGAACCAACUAGUCCUGAUGAUAUACUAGGUCAUGCUAAAAUAGCUAAGGAGCUGAAUCCACUUGGUAUUGGAGUAGCUACUGGUGAACAAUGUCAAAAUCGUAUUGUAUUUAAACAGUUUUUACAAGCUGAUGCCUUACAGUUCUGUCAAAUAGAUAGUUGUAGACUAGGUGGUGUUAAUGAAAAUUUAGCUGUUAUAUUAAUGGCUUGUAAAUUUGGAGUUCCAAUAUGUCCACAUGGAGGUGGGGUAGGACUCUGUGAAUUAAUUCAACAUCUCUCUAUAUUUGAUUAUAUAGCAGUAUCAGGCACAUUAGAGAAAAGAGUUGUAGAAUAUGUAGAUCAUUUACAUGAGCAUUUUUUAACACCAACAGUGAUUAACAAUGGCAGUUAUAUACCACCACAGGCUCCAGGUUACAGUAUUACUAUGAAAGAAUCAACCAUUAAAAGUAAUGAAUAUCCCAAUGGUUCUGUAUGGCAGAAAUUAAUUAAAGAUGGAGUAUAUACUGUAUAG